AUGAAGUUCACCUUAUCUUUAAUUUUUCCUAUUGUUAUGACCGCUGUGUCAGUUACGGCGAUUCCUGCUGACAAGCGUGGCCCGGAGGCUGUAGCUGAAGCCGAUCCUCACUAUGAUCAUUACUAUAAACAUUAUGGUUAUUAUAAGCGUGAUCCGGAAGCCGACCCUGACUAUGGAUAUUACCAUAAAAGUCAUGAUUACUAUAAGUCGUCUUAUUAUAAGCGUGAUCCGGAAGCCAGCCCUGAACCCAAUGCUGAUGCGGAAGCCGAUCCCAACUACUAUUCUUAUUAUAAGCACAAGCAUUAUUACAAACUGACUAUAGUAAAAGUAAAUCUGAUUAUGAUACCACCAAGUCUUAUGAUACCACCAAGUCUUAUGAUACCAAGACUUAUGAUACCAAGUCCUAUGAUACCAAGUCCUAUGAUACCAAGUCCUAUGACAAGUCCUACGAUACCACCAAGUCAUCCUACGAUACCAAGUCCUAUGACAAGUCCUACGAUACCACCAAGUCAUCCUACGAUACCACCAAAUCUGAUGAUAAAUAUAGUAAAUCUUAUAGUUCUUAUGACGAUAAAAGCAGAAAAUCAACCUAAUUUCGAAAAUCUUACACGAGCUUUACAAACUGUCAUUCAAGAAAUUUCAUUAAUGCCAAAUAUUUUAAAUGUGGACGUUGCGCGACAGCUAGCACAAAUCAAUACGACUCUUCAAAGUAUGAAUAACACUGUCUUAACUCUGCAAACAAAGAUGUCUACUAUGGAAACAAAGAUGUCUACUAUGGAAACAAAGAUGUCUACCAUGGAAACCAAAAUGACAACCGUUGAUAGAAAAAUAUCCACUAUAGAAACUAAAAUGUCAACCGUUGAAAGAAGAAUGUCUACUAUGGAGAGUUCCAUGAACAACAUGCAAACAGCAAUUACAAAUAUUCAUACGGGUCUCCAAAACAUGGACAAGAGGACUCUCGCAAGAAUCUUUAACUCUCGUGUCAGCCACCCAAGUUUAAACUUGGAAAUUGUCUCUGAUUUCAAUGGAAACGUUCCACAAAAUUAUCCUGAAUCUGUUGAUGCACUUCGCGCUCUGACAGGAGCUCAAUUGAACCAUCUCCUAAACUUUUAUGGCUUGUCAACAAAUGGAUCGGUUGAAGAACAACGUAAACGUUUUGCAAGCAAUUUGGGAAUUCAGCUAUUAUAA